UAGGCGUUAACAUGCCCCGCUGUCAAAACGCUGGCGAGCCCAGAAAAUACGCCGGCUGCCACACGAGCCACCUCGGUGGCCAAGUCCCUCUAACAUUCUAAAAAAAUAAUUAGUAGUUAAGUGUUUUAAUGGGUAGGGCAUGAUUUCAUGGUACUUUUUCAGUUCAAUCGUUAAACGCCCACACGGGCCAUUGAUUCGGGUUUAAACGGGUUUAAAUGUACAUAAAGUGAUUAGGGACCAAACAGUUAACGUGUUUCAAGUGUAUUGUAACCAUUAGGAUUAAGCGUCUCAGUUGACCAUGGCGCUGGCUAAUGUAACCCCUCACGCUGCCAUGGCCGUUGAAGAUAUUCUCAUGCUCUUCGAAAACUCCACUUCUAACAGUUCCAAUAACACCAUAGCCAUAGCUCAUUAUCCCAGUGGCUAUGGGUUGCCUCAAAUAGUUGUGGCCUCGAUAGUCGCUACUAUCCUCAUGAUCAUAGUCGUAGUAGGUAACAUGCUCGUUAUAAUAGCCAUAACCACUGAGAAAUCCCUCAAGAGCAUCCAGAACUGGUUCAUCGGUUCUUUGGCUGUCGCUGAUUUCUUCCUGGGGCUUAUAAUCAUGCCGUUUUCGCUCGCUAACGAACUGAUGGGGUACUGGAUUUUCGGUACCUGGUGGUGCGAUAUACAUUCCGCGAUGGACGUGUUGCUGAGCACUGCCUCGAUUAUGAACCUGUGUUUGAUAUCGCUGGACAGGUACUGGAGCAUCACGCAGGCUGUGGAGUACUUGAAGAAGAGAACCCCAGUCAGAGCUAUUGUUAUGAUUGCAGCUGUUUGGAUUCUGUCUGCGCUGAUUUGUAUACCGCCACUUCUUGGUUGGAAAGUGGAGAGGACGGAAGAGGAGCAAUACCCUCAGUGUCAGCUGAGUGAAGAACUGGGAUACGUGCUGUAUUCUGCUCUUGGCUCUUUCUACAUCCCAUCCUGCAUAAUGGUGUUCGUUUACAUAAGGAUUUAUUAUGCAGCCAAGGCAAGAGCGAGAAGGGGUAUAAGAAAACCACCUCGAAGGCAACCCCAAGAUGCUGUUACAAGUUUCACGAACACAGCUGGGGAUUCCAAGAAUGGAAGCACGAGGGAGGCCCCAGCGGCUGGCUCUGUAGACAGAAACAGCAACACAUCACCAAGGGACGGUGAAAGGCAAAUUGCCACCAUAGAGUCCCAUCCACGACCCAUUCCAAUCCCCACCGUUACUUGUGAUUUAGCCUCCGACAUCUCCACCAGCGAUCAAGGAGAAUUAGCCAAUAAUGAAGGAAUAGACUUACAGAAAGAUACCUUGCAGGUAUUUCCAUCCGCCCAAGUGGUCCGUAGUUCACUCUCGCAGUGUCAGCUGAGCGGAUCGACCUUAUCAGUCAACGGCGAACUGCAGCAACAAGCAGCAGCAAUUGCUAGGACUCGACAACACUCCAUGGGCAUCGAUACGGACAUGGUGAGUGAGUUCGAUCCGAGCAGCUCCGAUUCGGGCGUGGUUGCGAGGUGUACUGUAGUGAAACCCCUCAAACUGAGACUGUGCAAGCCGAUAUUCGGCCGUAGGACCCCCAAAAACCGCAGAUCGGAGGGUAAGAAGCUAAAGAACCACAGUGAGGAGAUGAUAGUGGAACAGGUAGUGCCAAAAGUGCAAAAACCUCGCGAUCCGGAGAGGGAGAAGCGGAGGCUGGCGAGGAAGAAGGAGAAGAGGGCCACGCUGAUCCUGGGGCUCAUAAUGGGCUCCUUCAUCGCCUGCUGGCUGCCCUUCUUCAUCAUGUACAUAUUGAGGUUAGCCUACGACAUACCGAACAUAGCUUUCUUGACGGCGUUCUGGCUGGGUUACAUGAACUCGGCCUUGAAUCCGGUCAUCUACACCAUCUUCAACAAGGAUUUCCGAAGGGCGUUUCGAAGGAUUCUGUUCAAGUGAUGUUUAGCCUACGUGUGCUGCUAUGAGUGCGUCAGUCGUAGGAUACGGACUGCGCAGUACCGCGGUGCACCAAGCAUGUUGUACAGACGUUAGUUUUUCUAAGACAAUCUUGAGUCCACUCACUUUCGGUUAGUUUUAGAUAGGAAAUUUUGUGGGCAAUGCAGACUCCCUAUUCUACAUUCCUAAUUCGAGAAGUACAUAAUCAAAUUUCGAAUAAUAUUGCAUAUGUUGGAGAUUAGAGUAGCAGAAAGAAUUAUAAGCGAGAAAAUACGUCGACUAAGAUCAAUUUUGACAAUCCAAAUACUAGAUAAAUAGAGUCUUCUUAUCCUGAAUCAACUUCACUCAAAAUCUGUGAGUACGUGACUAUAAAUCCUGAAAAUCUAAUGGUUCAUUGCAAUAUCAGCCAUUCUGUUAUUCAUAUCAAUUCCGUGAUCAUAAAAACUCUUUCAACAAUUUGACAAAUGACUUUUCAACUCAUAUUAUGUGUGAACUAGUCAUCUUCAAUUUUAAAAUCAAGGGACGAGGUAAGUUACCCCUUAUUAAGUCUGCUUUCUGUCUCUAUUCACUCCACACAGCUAUAGAGUCAGUGU